UAUAAACAAGAUGUUAAUUAAACAUAUGAAUAUUAUAUUUUUUAAAUAUUUUUUGUGUAAUGAAUUGCAAUAAAUAUUUAUCAUGUACAAUAGUUACUAAUAGUCAUUAAAAUGUAUAAAAGUUAUAUGAAAUGAUAAUGUGUUAUUAAUAUAAAAGAUUAUAGAUUAAAAAUCUGACAUUUGUAAAUUUUUUUAUUAAUAAAAAUCAAAUAAAAUCACGUAUUUCGAUAUGUGGAAACCGUUUGAGGCUGGUAGUUCACCAAUUGAUUGGUGUGAACGCAAUUAUAGUAUUUCUUCUAGUAUUGCAGAAUUUAUGAAUACGUUGAGUAAUGUAGUAUUUUUAUUACUUCCUCCUGUUCUUAUGCAUCUCUUUAGAGACUAUGGUCGAUUUAUAAAUCCUGGUAUUCAUAUAAUUUGGUUUUUACUAAUGAUAGUAGGUCUUAGUAGUGCAUAUUUUCAUGCUACUUUAUCUCUUAUAGGACAAUUGCUAGAUGAAUUAGCAAUUUUAUGGGUAUAUAUGGCUGGUUUUUGUAUGUUUCUUCCAAGAAGAUAUUUUCCAAAUAUUUUACACAAUGAUAGAAAACUUCUUGCUAUAUGUGCAACUUUACCAACUCUGAUUGCAACUGGUUUAUCUUUUAUACAUCCUGCAAUAAAUGCAUUUGCUUUAAUGAGUCUUGGUAUACCUGCAUUUGGAUUUAUGAUCAUUGAAUUAAAAAGGACAAAGUCAAUGAGAGUUUAUAGGUUGGGUUUACGAUGUGGUGCUGUGUGGUUAUUAGCAGUUGCUUGUUGGUUGAAUGAUCGUUUAUUUUGUGAUACUUGGUUGAACCUGAAUUUCCCUUAUUUACAUGCACUUUGGCAUUUGUUUAUUUUUAUUGCAAGUUACACAGCAGCUGUACUUUUUGCAUAUUUUUCUGUAAAAGAGGAAAAACCACAGCAAUCACCAGUAUUAAAAUAUUGGCCAAAGGAUGACUUUGAACUUGGUAUACCAUAUGUGACCAUUAGAAGUUACGUUAAACUAGAUAUUAAUACAAAUAUAUAAUUAUUAAUCUAAAUUAUAAAGGCUGUCUUGCAUUUAUUAGAUAAUGACAAGUGAUUUAAAAUAAAAUAUAUUA